AUGCUGUAUGCGCAGCGCAAGAGACGACAGCAGCUGGCGGGAAAAAUUGGGCACAACGAAGAGGAGUAUGAAGUUGAUCCUCAGCCGGUUGUGGUUGUGCAGCACGUCUACGGGGCCCGACGGUUUCCGUCGCGACGACCCGACGUGAACCCCAUUUCGUGGCAAUUGGCACAGCAGCACCCGUCUUUCCAGCAGCAGCAGCUGCAGCAAUAUUCACAGCUGCAGCAACAGCAACAGCAAUAUCCACAGCUGCAGCAACAGCAAUAUCCACAGCUGCAGAAACGCCAAUAUCAAGAAACACUGCAGCAAAGGAAGCCGUGGUUUGCGCCGAAUGUGAUCUCCGCUGCACCACCCGCGAAACUCCUGCCAUUGCAAGGCAAUAUCAACUUCCAAAGGAAUGACGUGUUUCCGCAGCCCAUUCAGUUUCCCUCUGCGCUUUCUACGCUCGGCACGACGCCCGUUUUGUCGCGUCCCGCAGUUGUGGAAAGGUCUCCACGGCGAUUUCGUCCACUUGAUGCGGUGGGUCUCGUUUCUACGCCGCAGCUUGCGCCAUAUCCUUCCACCGCCGUGCCGUGUAGCGACCUACCCACAUUUUUACCACCAACAUCACUGCCACCUCUCUCGGUGUCUCCAUCAAUGCCGCAAAGGCCCUUGUUGCAUGUCGUUUCGCCACCGCGCGACCAUCAGACCUAUUUCAAUAGAAAUCCUUCUAGUCAAACGUGCAAGGGCAACAAUGACGAGCAAGGGCCAAGGUUGCGGCCGGCGCGGGGCUCCGUCACCCCGUAUCCGCAGGAGGACGAUGAGAUGAUUGCGCGUAGAUGGGCGAGAGAGCAAGCCAUACAAGUUCAGGAGGAAAACGUGCGCCUGUGUGAAGAGCGACGGCUUCGACAGGAGCGGGAGAGGCAGUUAGUGAGAGAGGAGGAACGACAGCAGGAGGAGCUGGCGCGACUGGAGCGGAUGCAGCUAGCUGAAAAGGAGCGGUUGGACAUUGAGCGCGAGCAGGAGGAGGCGAUGGAGAGGUUGACGGGCCGAAAAAGAGUGCGUUUGAUGGGAAAGAGCAGCGAGACGCAGUUGCAGGAGGAUCUUUCGAAACUGAUAAAAGAAAAGAAGAAGCGAAAGGCGCAGGAAGCUGAAUUGCUGGCAGAAGCUGAGGGAAAGAACACUGGGCGGACUUCGGCUGGAGCGCGGCCUGGAACUGGCGGCAGUAGGGGGUCGAACCCCUUAGCGGUUUCCUCGGAGAAGGAGGAGGCGGAAUUGCCUCGUCAGUUUUAUGUGCCGCAGGCCCCACCAUUUACGGAUCUGUCAAAAAGUGGGCCCGCCGCGAAUGUGUCGGCUGCACUCUUCCCACCUCCUCCACCCUUUUCACUCAAUCCAUCGCUCUUUGAUGCUGCAUCCUACGAUCCCGCGGUGUCCGCUGUCUCCUCGCAGGUGAACGUACCUGCGUGGUCAGCACCGGUCCUAUCCACACCACACCAACUGAGCCCCUUGCAUGGAGCCGUUCACUACGACGCCCAGCUACGCGACAUGAUAACCAAUCAUUUGGAUAUUCAGCGCACCUUAGAAUCUGAGGUGCGACGUAGUCAAGGUGCUGCGGCACCUAUGCCGCCGUCAACAGCGUGCCCCACCACAGUGCCACCGUCAGCGCAUUUGCCUGCCCCACACCUUCAUGGGCAACCCCGGCCGCUUAACGCGUUGCCGGUACAGAAUGGCUGGACUGCAGCGGGAGCAAACAUUAUAGGCGGCAGUAAUGAGACUCCUCCUGGCGGGUUUUUCCCCAUGUCCGAGGUGUCUCCGAUGAUGCUGCCGGGAAUUUUGAAAACUCCGCGUGAGCAGGCUACCCACAUCACAUUAUUGGGUGUGAGUCCACCCAAUCACGCGGUGAGGUCGAGAGCAAGCAGUGAUGUGGAGGUUCCGCACUUUGGCGGAGAGAAACUUGAUGAGCUUUCCGCAGAACCCUCCCGCUUUGUCGGUGCGCCGCAGUGA